GAGCAGCGCGGAGCCGGCAGGGAGCGAACGGGGACCAGGGGGACGCGGAGGGCAGGGGGCGCCCCGUGGAGAGAAGCGCAGGGGCGGAAGCAGGGGUCACUGGAGGGUCGGGGCAGCGAGCGCCCGGAGGGAGGCCCCCGAGAGCGCAGGCGGCCCGGGGAGCCGGGGAGCCGGAGGGACUGCGAGAGGACCCCCGGCGUUCGGACGCCCCGUGCCAACGCCAUGAGGCCGCUCCUCGCCCUGCUGCUCCUGGGCCUGGCGGCCGGCUCGGCCCCACUCAACGACAACAAGAUCCCCAGCCUGUGCCUGGGGCACCCCGGCCUUCCCGGCACGCCGGGCCACCAUGGCAGCCAGGGCCUGCCGGGCCGCGACGGCCGCGACGGCCGCGACGGCGCGCCCGGAACUCCGGGGGAGAAAGGCGAGGGCGGUAGGCCGGGGCUCCCGGGGCCCCGCGGGGAGCCCGGGCCGCGCGGAGAGGCCGGGCCCGUGGGGGCGACCGGGCCUGCGGGGGAGUGCUCCGUGCCUCCGCGCUCCGCCUUCAGCGCCAAGCGCUCCGAGAGCCGCGUGCCUCCGCCGUCGGACGCGCCCCUCCCCUUCGACCGCGUGCUGGUGAACGAGCAGGGCCAUUACGACGCCACCACCGGCAAGUUCACCUGCCAGGUGCCGGGGGUCUACUACUUCGCGGUGCACGCCACCGUCUACCGGGCUAGCCUGCAGUUCGAUCUGGUCAAGAAUGGCGAGUCCAUCGCCUCUUUCUUCCAGUUUUUUGGGGGAUGGCCUAAGCCGGCCUCGCUUUCCGGGGGCGCCAUGGUGAGGCUGGAGCCCGAGGACCAGGUGUGGGUGCAGGUGGGCGUGGGUGAUUACAUUGGCAUCUAUGCCAGCAUCAAGACAGACAGCACCUUCUCUGGAUUUCUGGUGUAUUCUGACUGGCACAGCUCCCCUGUCUUUGCUUGAUGCCCGCUCGCAAGUGAGCUCACGAGCUCUCACUCCUCGGGGAGGAGGGUGUGACACUGACGGCCACACCAUCCGGGAGGGCUGGCCCCCCUGGAACGUUGUGAAUGACUACGGAGGUGGGGCGGGGGCCUCCCUGUCCUGCUGCUGGCAGGGAGUGGAGCAGAGGCGUCUGAGGUCAGGGCUGGCAGCACGGGGCAGUGGCUGGAUUUCUGCCCAGACCCAGAGGAGUGCACUGUGCUGGCAGGGGUAGUCCCCCAGUUGCUCUGGCCCAGGACCCCAAAGUGGGGUGCUCUCUUCCUAGUCCUAUGCUUCUCUGGAUCCUCCCUUGUCCCUCCUGCUCCUGGGCCCUUUUCACAGAGAUCAACCGUCCAAUAAAACUGAAAGAAACCUCCGA